GUGUGACACUGAAGAUUUCUCCACCCAGAUUUGGAGCAGAGAACAUCACCUCCUACUCUGUUGAGUACUGUGUCAGUGGAGAGGAUGGAUGGCAGCAGAAGACAGAAGCAAAGGCUGAAGAAGUCACAGUGAGAGAUCUGAAGCCAAACACAGAGUAUGUGUUCAGAUGCAGAGCAGUGACCUCAGCAGGUGUCGGCCCGGAUACUCAAGUUUCUAUUAAAACCUUACCCUGCAGCCCUCCUGGAAAACCCCGACUUGAACCAAAUUCAACUGAGAUAUCAGUGAGCUGGGAGAAACCUGCUGAGCUCGGAGAGGAUGUGCAGAUACAUGGUUACAUGGUGGAGUAUUCAAAAACAGAUGAUAAUGAGGAAGCUCUGCAGUGGAACCAAACACAGUCAGCAGGUGAAAAGGUGAUCCUGUCAGGUCUUCAGACAGAUACAGAUUAUGCAGUCAGGGUCAGAUGUGAUUGUGGUUCAGCUGGAAAAAGCAAAGAAAGCAACACUGUUAAAGUCUGCACAACAACAUUUAACCGCCUCGCAGAACUUCUCAGGAUUAAAAGUAAAAAGAUCAAAUCUGAUUCCCCCUCAGUUUACAAACUGCCUCUGACAGAAGAACACAUGAACAUAGAUGGAUGCAAGAAGUUUAACUUCGGUAAAGAAACUGAGGGGCAGAAUCGUACAAUAAUGCUUCUUGGAGCGACAGGAUCAGGAAAGUCCACUCUGAUCGAUGGGAUGAUCAACUACAUUGUUGGUGUCGAGUGGGAGGACAGUUUCAGGUUUAAAUUCAUUAAUGAGGAUCAGUCAACAUCACAAGCUCACAGUCAGACCUCUGAAGUCACUGUUUACAAAAUCAACCACCAGGAUGGAUUUCAAAUCCCGUUCUCUCUGACCAUUAUUGACACUCCAGGCUUUGGAGAUACAAGAGGCAUAGAAAGAGACAGAGAGAUCACAGAGCAGAUACGUAAUCUCUUCACUUCCUCACACGGUGUCACUGACAUUGAUGCUGUGUGUUUUGUAGCUCAGGCUGCUUCAGCACGACUCACAGCAACACAGAAAUAUGUGUUUGAUUCAGUGCUCUCAAUCUUUGGCAAAGAUGUGGCAGAAAACAUCAGGAUCCUGGUGACAUUUGCAGACGGUCAGCGACCUCCAGUUCUAGAGGCGAUCAAUGCUGCAGGAGUCCCAUGUCCUAAAACAAAAGACGGGCUGCCGGUUCACUUCAAGUUCAAUAAUUCAGCCUUGUUUGCAGAAAAUAAAUCAUUUGAAAGAGUCAGCAGGAGUGAUGUUGGUAAAGGAGGACGUUUUGAUCAGAUGUUUUGGGAGAUGGGGACAGAGAGCAUAAAGAGCUUUUUUGCUGCUCUGAAUCUCAUAGAAACUAAAAGCUUGACACUGACAAAGGAAGUCCUCAGAGAAAGAAAGCAGCUCGAGAUUUCAGUUGAAAAUCUGCAGGAGCAGGUGAAACUUGGGUUAGCCAAGAUUGAGGAGAUAAAAGAGACGAGUGAAAAACUUAAAGAUCAUGAAGCAGAGAUCAGCAGAAAUGAGAACUUUGAGAUUGAAGUUACUGUCCCAAAAUGUAUUAAAAAGGGUAUUUUGGGCAAAAAAGAGUAUGUCACCAACUGUUCCGAAUGCGGUGUCACCUGUCACUACCCCUGUCAGAUACCAGAUGAUGCAAGUAAAAGACGCUGUAGUGCAAUCGGAUCAGAUGGAAACUGUACUCAGUGUGAAGGCAAAUGUUCCUGGGACAACCAUCAUAAUAUGCCUUUCAGAUGGGAGAUUCAACAGGUUAAAGAGAAAAGAACACUGAAAGAAAUGAAAGAAAAGCACCGGAAAGCCACAGGGAAGAAGAUUACCUUUCAGGGACUGGUUGACAGUCUGAAGGAUGAAUAUAAAAAUGUUCAGGCUGCAGUGGUGAAAUUAAUGGAGAGGUCCGCCAAGUGUCUGAACAAACUUAGAGAGAUAGCGCUUAAACCAAACCCUCUGUCCACUCCAGAGUACAUCGACAUGCUUGUUGAAGGAGAGAAAUCUGAAGGCAAACCAGGCUGGAAGAAACGAGUUGAGUCUCUGAGGUCCAUGAAAGAAAAAGCAGAGCUCAUGGCUAAAACAGAGAAAAGAGAGGAACCCCUUGAUCAUUUAUAACUCCAGAACUAAAACUAAACUAAAACAAACUUUUUUUAAUAUAAAAAUCAAUUUUCAAAUCAACUUGAGUUUACAUAAACAAGUGAUUAUAACUGCACUGUUGAAAGAUUAAAGACACAUUUAUUUGUGUUAAAGAAAAGCUUCAACAUAAGUGGACGUGUAUUUGCAUGAGGAAAAGCCAAAUGUGCUUUGUGCUAACAACAGUUUCAAAGUUUUUAUUAUGAUAUUCACCUUAGUUUUAGAUAUUAGUCUCAUUAUAACUUCACUGUAGAUGGAUGACAAUGUUUAAAAUUGUGUUUGUUAAUUUUGUUAUUUUUUAUGUUUAUGUUCUUUAUGAUUUAAAACAUCUGCAAUGUUUCAAAUAAAUGUAAUAAAAAUUACAUGUUUCAAAUUUCCAUGUGAUAAAACAAGUUUAAUUACAAUAAAAUUCACUUCACGCUUGCUUUUAAUGAAAAGACAUCACUGAUUUAGAAAAUGCUAAAACCAAAACAAUUUAGUGUUAUUUAUGCUGAUCAAUGGGUCAAAAGGUGUAAACAAGGUUUUGUUCUAAUUCUUGAUUCAGCUGUUUUGAAUUGUACUUUCUGCAGUUAUCUCUUAAUCAUUUGCAUUAAUAUACAUUAUGCACAUUUGUCCAAAAUGAACAGCAUCAAACUGAUUAAAAGUCAUUUAAAAAAUCUUGAA